UUGUCUCACUGGCAAGCCACCAUUAUGGGGCCUGCUGAUAGCCCAUUUGCAGGCAGUGUAUUUUUAGUGAAUAUUCACUUUCCACCAGAUUAUCCCUUCAAGCCACCAAAGAUGCCUUUUCUAACAAAAGUCUAUCACCCAAAUAUCAACAGUGACAACGGCAACAUCUGCCUUAACAUUCUGAAGAAGGAAUGGAGUCUUGCUUUGACAAUAUCUAAAGUGUUGUUGUCGUUGUGCUCACUCCUCACUGAUCCCAACCCUGAUGAUCCUUUGGUUCUUGAGAUCACUCGAGUUUACAAGACUGAUCGAGUCAAGUACGAGACCACUGUCAGGUCAUGGACUCGGAAAUAUGCCAUGGGUUAA